UUGUUUUGUAGGAAAGAAUGGAUUCGGAGCUAUAAGCCUCAACCGAUUAGUUUAAGCCUAAAAAAGAUACAGGAAAUAAUGGAUGUGCAAAAGCCUAUGGAUAAGGAUUGUUUCAAUAUGGGUGUGAGGAUGUUCGCUUGCGACGAGAUCAACUUGUUAAUGGACACCCAAUAUCACUACAUGGACCUUCAGUUCUGGUUGUUGUGUGACUUCGGACGACAUCCAAAAUAUAAAAGGAAGCUUGAUGUCCAGUUGUUGGCAAAAACAUUUGAUACGUGGCCUGGGAUGGUGUACAAUAUUUCACAGUGCAAGUUGAUUCUAUUACCGAUAUGUCAACAUGGGCAUUUCAUACUAUUUGCAUUCGACAUGGAGGCUAGAAGUGUAUCGGUAUUGGACCCACUGCCUAUACCGGAUUUUUUUAAAGGACAUGAACUCAUAUGCUUCUAUCUAUUGAGAACUCUCAAAAUUUCCAAUAAAUUGAAUCUAGCUUUAGAAGUAGCAAACCCCCCGUGGAAUGACGACAUAUGUGAUUGGCGUCGUAUACUACCAAAUUGUGUUCCAAAGACAAAGGAUUGGUUCGACUCGGGGUUUUUUGUUAUUAACUUCAUGCGCGCGUGGAACGGUAAACAACUACAACCACCGAUUUGCACUGAUGUGCGCGAACUUAGAAAGAAGUUCUUGGUUGACCUGCUGAAAUACAAUGGGAAUGAAUCAAAAGACAACAUCCCUGAAGUUGUACAAGAAUUAGUUAAACGCAUCAGAUAGUGUAUCGUUUCGGAAUGAAAGAUUAGUUGUGCUAUUAUUUUUGCUUAUGACUAUUGUACCGUUUAAUUUUUCUCUUUAACUAAGUUUUUGCUCAUAACUUUGGUUAUCUAUAAUUGUAAUAGGUUACCGUAAACAUCUACCCGUAAUACUUGAUGUUA